AUGUCCAACUCUCCAGCGACCGAGACUUACGACCACAUCCCGAAGAUUGAAAGUGGCCGUGAUGUGGAACACUUGGAGCGGAUGAGAACAGCGGGCGGCCAUGUUGAUGAUCGUUCUCAGCCUUCUUUACCUGUUGUUCAUCGCUCCUUCGCCAAUCCCGCUCCCUUAGGCUUGCUUUCCUUUGCCACCGGUAUAUUCUUGAUCUCAAUCCUUGGUGUGCACGCUCGCAACAUUCAGACUCCAAAUGUGCUUGUCGGUGUGCUGCUUUUUUUCGGAGGAGUGUGUCAAUUCAUCUCCGGAAUCAUGGAGUUCGUGGCUGGCAAUACAUUCGGUGCCACAGUCUUCCCUUCUUACGCAGCAUUCAACUUUUCGUAUGCUAUGAUUUACAUCCCGGGAACAGGUAUCUUAGCCUCUUACAUCGACGCCUCUACUGGAAAACUGAGUCCAGACUUCAACAACGCUCUCGGCAUGUAUUGCUGGGCCUGGUUCAUCCUCACCGUCAUCUUCACCAUCGCAGCCAUGCGGAGUUCCUGGGUGCUGUGGUUCACCUUGUUCUUCCUGGACAUUGAGCUUAUCCUUCUGGCUUGCGGCUACAUGCUAAACAGUCCGAAUACUCUCCUAGCCGCAAACUCUGUUGGUUUCGUGGUAGCUUUCUGUGCCUGUGAGUCUUUCCUGACAUCUGUACUCUCCACUUUAGGACGAUGA